AUGCAGUUCUUUGGCCGGCUGGUGGACACCAUCAACAGCGUCACCCAGAUAUUCACUAACCCGUACCGGGUGAAGGAGGUGCCGGCUGGGGAAUAUGCGGCGCACACCUGUCUCAGGGAGGAGGGCAGGGUGGCUCUGUAUAGGAACAACCUCGCUCGCACCUGGGAUUGCCUGCUGGUGAAUCCCCAGAGCCCGCAGGCCGCAUUCCGGCUUUUCCAGCUCGACAAUGAAGCAGAUGCCCUGGUGCGUUUCGAGCACUAUGCCAGGCUGCUGCGCCCGUUCUACGAGAGCUCGCGCCAGGCCCUGUCACUGGAGGAGCUCCAGCAGCUCAGCGACUGCAUCCGCAACCACCCCAGCUGGUCCUCAGCACACAUCGCGGUGGAGAUCGGCCAUCGUGAGACCUUCCGGCACAACCACGUCAUGAGCUGUGUGAACAGCAUAGACAGUGAGGAUGGCUGCACCCCACUGCACUUGGCGUGCCGCAAGGGAGACGUGGAGUGCCUGCUGGAGCUGCUGGAGUGCCACGCACGGGUGGACAUCACCGACAGCCACGGGGAGACUCUGUUCCACUAUGCGGUGCGAGGGAACAGCCCCCACAUCAUCGAGCUCCUGGGCAAAACCCCAACUACUGGCUUGGACCACCUGAGCCAUGAAGGACUGACCGCUCUGCAUCUCGCUUGUCAGCUGGGCAAAGAGGACAUGGUUCGGUCCCUGCUGAAAUGCCGUGCCAGGUGCAGCGUCAUGGGCACGCUGGGCUACCCCAUCCACACAGCACUGAAAUUCUCCCACAAAGGGUGUGCCCAGGCCAUCCUGGAGGUGGAUGCCAGCCAGGUUCACUCCAAGGACCCACGCCAUGAAGCCACUCCACUUCACUGGGCGAAGAAGGCAGAGAUGACACAGCUGCUGCUGGAGUAUGGGUCUGAGGUGAAUGUGACCAGCCGGACGGCUGACAUGGCUCUGCACAUUGCGGUCAAGAGGGGACGCUUUGACUGUGCCAUGGUACUGCUGACACACGGGGCCAACACCAAUGCCAGGGAUCAGGAUGGCAACACACCACUGCACCUGGCCAUGAAGCAUGACAACCUGGAUAUGAUCAAAGCGAUCAUCGUGUUUGGAGGAGAUAUUGAGAUCCCCAAUGAUUCUGGGGAGACACCGGGGCUGUUGGCAGCCAGGAACAGCAAAGGCGCGAACCGGAAGGUGCUCUUAGACCUGCUGCAAACUGUAGGGACCGAACGCUGCUACCCACCCAACCCUGAGUCCCAAAGCCUGGCACCACCUGCCACCUCCUUCUUCCUGGAAGGCCAACCUUCCUCACGGAGCAGCUUCAACAGCUUAGGGUACAAGGACCUUCUGUAUGCUUCCGCAGCGCUCGGGCAGUUGUUGAAGGCACCAGAUGUUGUGGACUCACCCAGUGAGGGUAGAAGAAAUCACGACCGCCUCCUGUGCCUGGAUGGAGGGGGCAUCCGGGGCCUGGUGCUCAUCCAGUUCCUUCUGGCUAUUGAAAAGGCUGUGGGCCGUCCCAUUCGUGAGAUUUUUGACUGGAUCGCUGGGACCAGCACUGGGGGAAUCUUGGCCUUGGCUAUUGUACAUGGGAAGUCCAUGGACUACAUGCGCUGCCUGUACUUCCGCAUGAAGGACAUGGUGUUCCGGGGGUCUCGGCCCUACGAGUCGGAGCCCCUGGAUGAGUUCUUGAAGAAGGAAUUUGGGGAAAACACCAAAAUGACAGAUGUCCGAAGACCCAAGGUUAUGGUGACAGGGACAUUGUGUGACCGGCAGCCAGCUGAACUCCACCUUUUCCGGAAUUACCCCGUACCAGAGACAAAAACCUCCACUAAAUACAAGACAAGCGCAUCAUUCAGACCACUCACUCAGCCAGAAGAGCAGCUUGUGUGGCGCGCUGCCCGCUGCAGCGGUGCGGCUCCCACUUAUUUCCGGCCCAUAGGCCGCUUUCUGGAUGGUGGGCUGCUGGCAAACAACCCGACCCUCGAUGCCCUGGCGGAGAUCCACGAGUACAACAAGACGCUCAUCAAGAAGGGUCGGAGGCAGGAAGUAAAAAAAUUAGGAUUGGUGGUCUCCCUGGGGACGGGGAAGCCGCCGCAGGUCCCGGUGAGCUCUGUGGAUGUUUUCCGCCCCUCCAACCCGUGGGAGCUGGCAAAGACUGUCUUUGGAGCCAGGGAGCUUGGCAAGAUGGUGGUGGAUUGUUGCACUGACGCAGAUGGCCCAGCUGUGGAUCGUGCCAGGGCCUGGUGCGAGAUGAUGGAUGUCCCAUAUUUCCGGCUGAGCCCUCAGCUGCAGACGGAGGUGAUGUUGGAUGAGGUGAACGACUCUGUGCUGGUGGACGCUCUCUGGGACACCCAGCUUUACAUCUACCAGCAGCGGGAGCAGUUUGAGCAGCUGGUGCAACAUCUGUCCCUGUGA